GUGAGCAGCGUUGCGGAGUCAGCUAUCCAGUAUAGUCGCGAGCAGGCUGCCCAUGACGCUGCUACUCUGCGAUCCAACUCUAUCGACGAUGAAGACAGUUAUAAGAUGUAUAAAAUGAAUGAUCCUCUUGCUGAUGAUACCGGGAUCUCGAUCGUGGCGGGAAAUGUGCACGACGUAUACAAUAAUGGUAGUGAUACAACCGUGGAGUCGUUAACUUCUAUUGGUACAUCCCCUGUGAAUGCCGUAGAGCAUAGCGUGGUCAAGAAGGAAAGUGAAGGCUUACCUGAGGAAGCAACAGCACAAUGA